AUGUGUCUCUUCUUGACUACAAGUACGGGUAAUAAUAUGAUGGCGUACGCGCAAGAAUGUGGACGUCAGAAUCCAAGUGGAACGUGUAAUAAAGCAGCCGGUCAAUGCUGUUCACAGUGGGGUCAUUGCGGUUAUGGUAUCGAAUGGUGUGGCAAAGGGCGAAAGCAACAAUCUAAAAAGAAACGCGGCAAAAAGAAACACGGCCAAAAGAACCCGAAACCACCAAAGGGAAAAAAUUCCACGAAACCUACUAAAACGGCUGGAAUAGUAAGAUCAAAUGACGGCGGUUGUGGAUCGAGUGGUGGAAAUGAAAAGUGUGCUAGUGGUUAUUGCUGCUCGCAAUAUGGUUAUUGUGGAAAGGGUAAAGGUAAUUAUUAUUUAAACUACACUAUUGUGAUAAAGGAUGUCAGUCCGACUUCGGAGACUGUAGUGCAAAAGCUACUACUUCAUCAUCAACAAAAACUACAACAACCACAUCCACAACAACCACAUCCACAACAACCACCUCCACAACAACCACAUCCACAUCCACAACAACCACAUCCACAACAACCACCUCCACAACAACCACUUCCACAACAACCACUUCCACAACAACCACAUCCACUUCCACCUCCACAACUUCAACUUCAACUUCACCUGCUGCUGCCAUUAAUUAUCGAACUUCUUACGUUUGACGAUGGACCAAUGACUUGGACACAUGAACUUCUCGACACUCUAAAAGAGAAAAAACAAAAGGCAACAUUCUUUGUAAACGGUCACAACUGGGGUUGUAUCUAUGACUAUGUCGAUAUUUUAAAACGAAUUCACGACGAAGGUCAUCAACUUGCCGCACACACCUGGUCACAUCCAUCAAUGUCAAAAAUCACCAACGAAGAAAUCAAAUACCAAAUGAUUACACUUGAAGAUACUCUUCGAAAAACCGUGGGUGUCGUGCCGAAAUUCAUGCGACCACCGUACGGUGACGGAGCCAAAGAUCCACGCGUUCUAGCUCAAUUGGGUGCAUUAGGAUAUAAACACGUCGUCACUUGGGAUAUGGAUUCUGGAGAUUCAACGGGAAGCACCGUAGACACUUCAAAAAAAAUUAUAACAGAUGCACUCGCUGCAAAUCCUGCACCUGCGCCACACAUUCUUAUCAGUCACGAUGUGAAACAACUCACUUCGGAAAAUUUGGGCUCUUGGGAGAUUGAUACGGUGCUAAAGGCUGGUUAUGAGUUGGUGACCGUGGGUGAUUGUUUGGGAAUUAAUGAGUCCGAAUGGUAUAAAGAGAUCACAACACCUAGUACAAGAGAUGAUACUUGGAAUGUAACACAUAAUCACACCCUCUGGCGCAGAAAAGAGUGGGACUUUAAAGAGGUUGUGACUGCGCGGAGGUCAAAUAGCUGGAACCGAGAAAAAGGUCUCCUCGAGUUUUUUUUCUUGUAG